CACCAAUUGUCACUGUGUCACGUUUGUUUGCUACUUUCAGUUUUCAGUAGUAGAUUUAUUUCGUAAAACUAUAACAAUAAACUGUAUAAUUAACAGUGAACAUGCCUGAACCACCGCGAUUACUCGUUCUGUACGGCAGCCAAACAUUCACAGCCCAAGAAAUCGCUGAAAGACUAUGGCGGACAACGAAAGCGUUAGGAUUCCGUGGGCCGGUUCAAGCAAUGGACGAUUACCCCAUACAAAAACUUAUUCAAGAAGAAUUUGCUCUAUUCGUGUGUGCUACGACGGGUAACGGAGACGAACCAGAUGAUAUGAAGAAGUUUUGGAAGUUUUUACUACGGAAAAACCUGCCUUCAAACUCUUUGGUGAAGCUCAAGUUCGGAGUGCUGGGAUUGGGCGAUUCGACGUAUUCUAAAUUCAAUUUCGUUGGUAAGAAGCUGCAUAAGCGGUUGAUGCAGUUAGGGGCUACGCCUUUACUGGAUAUUGGUCUUUGCGACUAUCAACAUGACUUAGGUCAUGAAGGUGUGAUGAUUCCAUGGUUCAAACAAUAUUGUCAUGAGCUCCAAACCUUUUUCCCUCAACUACAAAUAGAUGGCUACAAACCAAAAUUCAUUCCUCGCUGGAAAGUAUCUCUUUUAAAAGAUUCUGACAUUAUACCAGAAGAUACUGUAACUGAUGAUAUAUAUUUUGCAAAAGGUAUAAAGGACCAUUUUGUUGAUGCCAAGCUUUUGGAGCUAGAACAAAAUAUUAGGACUACUGAUGAAUCUCAUUUUCAAGAUGUAAGAUUACUAACAUUUACCACAGACAAGACUACAACCAUAAACUAUGAGCCCGGAGAUGUGUUCAACAUUAGGCCCCGCAACUCUAAAGAAGACAUUGAAGACUUGUUUGAGAUCUUUAAAACACACAAUAUGGACAUUAAACCUUACCACAGGUUAUUGGUAGAGGAAUGCCAUGAAGACAUGCCAGUACCAGAUUUCCUAAAAGAGCCCCUAACACUAUACGAAAUAGCGGAACAGUACUGGGACCUAAAGUUCUACCCCACUCAGUACGUCUUCUCUCUUCUGGCGCUAGUGUCGGGGGAUAAGUUAGAGAGAGACAAAUGUAUAGAGCUCAGUUCGCCGGAGGGGCAGGAGGAUUGGCUGAAUUAUUGUAGGAGACCUAAGAGGACUGUUCUAGAGGUUCUGCAAGAUUUCCACAAGUCAGCAUCGAAGUUGACCAUAGAGAUAUUGUUCGAACUGUUCUCGCCCAUCAAACCUCGGUCCUUCUCCAUCGCUAGCAGCUCUUUAUCUUCAGGCGGCCGGAAGGUGGACUUACUAGUAGCGGUAGUCAAGUACUACAGCAAGUUAAAGAAGCCGCGUUUGGGUCUAGCGUCCAACUGGCUUAAGGACUUAAAAGUGGGAGACAAGGUGUACGGAUGGAUCAAGAAGGGAACCAUGAUCUUUCCUAAAGACACGUCUACCCCGCUAAUCCUAAUCGGACCCGGUACUGGCCUAGCCCCUUUCCGCGCUCUCAUACAGCACCAACGGCACUACAAUACGGCUGAUAAACACACAACCCACCUUUUCUUCGGCUGUCGGUAUAGGCAGAAAGACUUCCAUUGUAGGGAAGAGAUAGAAAGGUGGGCUGAAGAAGGAAGGAUUACUCUUUAUUGUGCGUUUUCAAGAGACCAGGAGAAGAAAAUAUACGUCCAGCACAAAAUCACAGAGCACAGUUCCACCCUCCACUCACUAAUAAUGGACCAAAAAGCAUACAUAUACAUCUCGGGCAGCGCCAAAAACAUGCCCGAUAAUGUAAGGGAGGCUUUAGGGGAGGUGGUGGGGAAAGGGGAGGUGAAGGCUUUGGAGGAGGGGGGGAGGUUGCAGGUGGAGGCGUGGUGAAUAUGGGGUUGGCAAUAAGUUUAGAAUUAAUGGCUCUGUGAGCUCUGGAUAUUGAUUUUUGUAUACUACGUCGGUGGCAAACAAGCAUACGGUCCGCCUGAAGGAGUGUCACAUGCGCGUUGCCAAUCCAUCUGUCUGUUUUAUUACUAAAUAUCUCUAGAACUACUUAUGCUAACUUCUACAUAUUGAAAGUUUUUUUUUACUAAAUUUCGACAAAUUGAGAAUGAAUUUUGAUUCGAUAUUCAUCAUUAGAAGUUGCAUAAAAUAUUGGGAAAAUAAUAAAUAUACCUAGAUAUUUUUCUGGCAUGAACGUCAAGUUGUAAAAUUGUAGACAAAACAAAAACAUCGAUAAUCAUUUUAUUGAUAACUUACAUAAGGUUAUAUAAUAAUCAAUGACGUCACUAGUGUCACUUCCUUCGUGCCAGAAAAAUAUCUAGGUAUAAUAAUAAAAUGUCACAUGUGCCCAGUGUAAACAUACAUUUUUAGAUGUUUAGAUGUAUAUGUGUAGAUAGUUAAAUAUUGUAUUUUUAUGCAUUUACAAAAAUAAAACGAUUUUCGAACUAGUAA